GUGUCGUACCUCGUAGCUCCAGCGAGUCAUAGCGCACAGCCUAGCUAUCAGUUCGGUCAUAGAGAAUCUCGCAACCAGGGCAGUCAUUGUGCACGCGUCUGGAGCAAGCGGACGUGCAGCGUUCGAAAAGACGAACCAGAGAAUGAGGGUAGAGCGCAAAAGCACGUCUCCACAACCGACUUUCCUAGAAAUGUGCUUCUCGUAGGUUGCCCCGCCAAUAAAGGGGCGAUAUCUGCUCCAGGAACUCAUAGGAAAAUGAAACGGCUUUCUCGAAAACUGACUUUGGCUCUGGUGGUGCUUUGUUGGACUGCUGCACUACUGUAUUUGAUACUCCUAAGUAGGCAGCAAGUAUCAGACCUGGGCACCAAAGACGCACAGUACAGACAGAUCUCGGAGGCAGAAUGGGACGACCUCCUGGAAGAGUUUGAAGAGAAGAACUACCUUAACGCCAGGCGAUGGAAACCAGGACAGGACCCUUACAAACUGUAUGCCUUCAACCAAAGAGAGAGUGAGAGGAUACCCAGCAACAGAGUUCUCAGAGACACACGACAUUACAGAUGCACCACAUUGCAUUAUAACCCAGAUCUGCCCUCCACCUCCAUCGUCAUCACUUUCCACAACGAGGCCCGCUCCACUCUGCUACGGACCAUCAGGAGUGUGCUGAACAGGACACCAGUCCACCUGAUUCACGAGAUCAUCCUGGUAGAUGACUACAGUGGGGAUGCAAAUGACUGCCUUCUACUCACCAAGUUACCCAAAGUAAAGUGUCUUCGGAAUGACAGGAGAGAAGGUCUGAUCCGCUCCAGGGUACGUGGGGCAGAUGCAGCGAAGGCUGGGGUCCUGACCUUCCUGGACAGUCACUGUGAGGUCAACAAGGACUGGCUGCCCCCACUGCUCCGGAGGAUCAAGGAGGACCCGACCUGUGUGGUGAGCCCAGUGAUCGACAUCAUCAACAUGGAUACCUUCGCCUACGUAGCAGCCUCCUCUGACCUCCGUGGAGGCUUCGACUGGAGUCUACAUUUCAAGUGGGAGCAGUUGUCUGCUGAGCAGAAAGCCAGGAGAGCUGACCCCACCGAACCCAUUAAGACUCCCAUCAUUGCCGGAGGGCUGUUUGUGAUUGACAAGUCGUGGUUCAACCACCUGGGGAAGUAUGACACAGCCAUGGACAUCUGGGGUGGGGAGAACUUUGAGAUCUCGUUCCGGGUGUGGAUGUGUGGAGGGAGCCUAGAGAUUAUCCCCUGCAGCAGGGUCGGCCACGUCUUCCGCAAGAAACACCCCUACAUCUUCCCUGAGGGCAACGCCAACACCUACAUCAAGAACACCAGACGGACGGCGGAGGUGUGGAUGGAUGAGUUCAAGCUCUUCUACUACUCUGCUCGCCCUGCAGCACGGGGCAAGUCCUACGGAGACAUUCAUAGCAGGGAAGAGCUCCGCAAGAGUCUCAAGUGCAAAUCCUUCAGGUGGUAUCUGGACAAGGUCUACCCAGAGCUCAAAGUGCCAGAUGAUUCGAACUCUAAGUCGGGGGUGAUUCGUCAAAGACAGAAUUGUCUGGAGUCCCGUAGGGUGGAGGGACAGAACCUCUCCUCUCUCACACUAGCACCCUGCAUCGGAACAAAAGCUGUGCCAGCACUCAACCAGGAGUGGAUUUACACCCACGGGCAGCAGAUCCGUCAGCAGCAGCACUGCCUCUCUCUCUCCACCACCUUCCCUGCCUCCCAGGUCAUGCUCAUGCCCUGCAACAUCAGCGACGGGAAACAACGAUGGCAGAAGUCAGGCACCCACCUGGAGCACCUGGUCUCCCACUUCUGCCUGGACAGUGAGAUGGCCCUGGAAGGCAUCGAGAGCAGCAAGAUGCUGGUGAUCAGCCCCUGUGAACUGACAGCCUACACCCAGAGAUGGGAGAUGCCCUUCUCAUGAUCCAUCCACAACACAAGCCUUCCUGUAGAGGAGGACUACCCUACGAGCACUCACGACCUACUGCAGUGCUUACUGUAGCCAAGAGCUUUUAGAAAGAGAUGGAGGAGGUUGGACACCGGCGUAAAGGGUAUUUUUGGUCACUGAGAUUAGUCUUUAUAAGAUGGCAUGGACUUGGACUGACGUCAGCACAUGCAAUUGUUCAACAAGACACUCAGCAGCAGUGGUGGAAAAUGUACUCAAUUGUCAUACUUCAGUAAAAGGAAAGAAGAAAGAGAAAAUAAAAGUGAAAGUCACCCAGUAAAAUACUACUUGAGUAAAAGUCCAAAAGUAUUAGGUUUUAAAUGUACGUAAGUAUCAAAAGUAAAUGUAAUUGCUAAAAUAUGCUUAAGUAUCCAAAGUAAAAGUAUAAAUCAUUGCACAUUCCUUAUAUUAAGCAAACCAGAUGGCACAGUUUAAAUAUAUAUAUAUAAAAUGGUGAAGGUGGAAUGGCCCCUUACCUGAUGAAUUACGGACUCACUAAACACGAAUGCUUCAUUUGUAAAUUAUGUCUGAGUGUUGAGUGUGACCAUGGCUAUCCUUAAAUAUAUAUAUAUAUAUAUCAUGGCUAUCCUUAAAUAUA